AAUUUAGAUCUAACCGGUCAUUUCAAUAUUUAAAUUCAAUAUAAUAAUAAAAUGAGUGGCCCAGUGCAAAAACAUGUGAAACCGGAAGUUGUGUAUGUUCCCGUGGAUGUACGGGACUCGGACGUCGUAAUUGACAUAGAUCCCGAAAGCGGUAAUCUGAGCCCAUCUAAAGCAAAACCUGUGAAUAUUGGUGAGGUUGUAGAAAAAGCACGGGAUGCUUUUAACCGUGGCAUUACAAAACCUUUAGAAUGGAGGAAAAAACAGCUCAAGAGUCUUCUACGAAUGUAUGAGGAGAACUACAAUGUUAUGAUUGAGGUAUUGCAAAAGGAUUUAAGAAGAAGCAAGACUGAAGCUGUGCUGCUAGAAGUUGAAUAUCUUAUUAAUGAUUUGAAGAACACUAUACAUUAUUUGGAAGAAUGGGCGAAACCGGAUAGACCUUCAAAGGGUUUAGUCAACAUCCUAGAUGACGUCGUCGUCUACAACGACCCAUAUGGCUUAGUGCUGGUGAUCGGCGCAUGGAACUAUCCCCUACAACUUCUGUUGCUACCGAUGGCCGGUGCCAUCGCAGCCGGUAACGCAGUAGUCAUCAAGCCCAGCGAGCUGGCCGAAGCCUCUGCUACAUUCAUUGCUGAGACUCUUCCUAAAUACUUAGAUAGUGACGCGGUAGCCGUAGUAGAGGGGGGUCCGGAGGAGACAACGGAGCUACUAAAGAACAAAUUCGACUACAUAUUCUACACGGGUGGGACCAAUGUGGGAAAGAUUGUUUACAGUGCUGCUACCAAAAAUCUUACACCGGUCACGUUAGAACUCGGAGGGAAAAGCCCGACAUACAUAGACAACACAGUUGACAUAGAGGUCACCACGAAGAGGAUACUAUGGGGUAAAUUCAUAAAUGCCGGCCAGACCUGUAUCGCUCCAGACUACGUUCUGUGCAGUAGAGAAGUCCAGGACAAGUUCGUGGAGUACGCUAAGCUCAUACUGAAGGAAUGGUACGGAGAGGACCCACAAAAGUCUCCAGACCUAUGCAGGAUUAUCAACAGCAGGCAUUAUAGUCGUUUGCAAGCGUUAUUGAACGCGAGUAAAGAUAAAGUCGCCAUUGGGGGAAAAAGUGACCCCCAGGACCGGUACGUAUCGCCCACGAUACUCACUAAUGUGUCCCCGGACGACAAAAUAAUGGAGGACGAAAUAUUCGGCCCAAUUUUACCGAUCGUGCCCGUCGACAACGCUUACGAAGCCAUCAAAUUUAUCAACGCCAGAGAAAAGCCGUUGGUGCUGUACGUUUUCACACAAAGCGGUGCAGUCCGAAGGAGUUUAACCGAUAACACAUCUAGUGGAGGAAUGUGCAUAAACGAUACCAUGAUGCAAAUGGGAGUUGACACACUGCCCUUCGGCGGAGUGGGCAACAGCGGCCUCGGGGCCUACCACGGAAAGGCUUCCUUCGACACCUUCACGCACAAGAAGAGUUGUCUCAUCAAGAACUUUGCAGCUAUCGGCGAAAAACUCGCUUCUGGGCGUUACCCUCCGUACACUGACGGCAAGCUGAGUUUCAUAUCGAUGUUGAUGCGCAAGCGCCACGGGCCCUCACUCAAGUACCUGCCCUAUCUCCUGACCUUUGCGUUGGGCGCAUCCGUCGCCUACGGCAUCACAGUCUGGCAGAAGACGGGAGGUGAAGAGCUUUAAGACAGAAGACAGGCUUGGUGAAGAUAUAUAGUGUGAUAUUAUUAAUUUACACCCUAUUUUUUAUAUCAAAAUAAUUCUAUGCAAUGGAUUUUAAUCUGUUUAUAUCUGAAACAAUAAUUAGGGUGUAAAUGUAGAGUAACAAUGUUUAUGAUGUAAGGGAGAUAUUUAGGCCUUUUCUUUAAUUUUGUGUAUGGUCAUAGGCACCCUUCUGUAUGUCCUGCCUUUUAUAUUUAGCAGUUUUUAAUAUUGUAGUAAUAGUGUUUUUGUUGAUUUUUCUUUGUUUUUUUUUAUAUUUAUAGAAAUGUGCACAACAGCAUAUAACAAUGAAGAACCCAAUAAGCAAUUCAUUGGCUGUUUUACCCAAAUUUACCAAGAUUAACAAUUCUAUUAUGUAUAUGUUUUAGAUUAUGAUUGAACAAUUAAGCUACUGUAAUAAAAUGCAUUUAUUUUUUUAUACUUACCUUACAAUGAAACUUGCAAUCAACAGUUUCUAUUUUCUCUCAAAUGUAUAUAUGUAAACAUUUUUUUGACAUAAAUUCUUAUACUGAAUUGUAUGAGAAUACAAUAAAAAUAUUAAUGGUUUUGAACUUUUAUCACUACUUUAAGCGUGAAGUUUUAACUAUAUAUUUGUUAUGAUUUUUUAUAUGAUUAUAUUUCGGUAAUAAAUGGGAAUAACAUGUG